GGCAGUAGUGUUGCAUAGUAGCUGCCAGCCAGCUGAUUAUUCGCUAAAUAACCAAUUGUUUUUUCGCGAAUUUUUCAAUUUUCUGUGAUUUUUGCGGCUACAAAAUCGAAAACUAUAUUAAGCAAAAUACAUACGAACCUGGCAAUUGCGACUGCUUAUGUAAUAUCUGUGACAAACCAAGUUUUCUAGAAAAUACCUGCCGAUGCGUCGUUGCGCUUUGUUUUUGUUGCGUGAAUAAGAAUCGUUGGAUAUUUGUACAUUCGCAAUUUGUUGUAAAUAUGUUUAAAUCUUAAGUGCCACAGCUUAUCAACGAAGUAAUAUAAUUGCGAUUCCCUCCUUUUGUUAAUCAGUCCCACUAUAUAGCACUAAAUAUAAAAAUUGAGUGCACAAAUCGCAGUAUGCCCCAUUUUCUGAUUGUCAUUCCGAAAACAAACAAUGACAGUCGCAUUGAAAGUUUAAAUCAAAUCGUUUCCCAGAAAAUUCGUACGUAAAUAUCUGAAAUGUCAGACACUAAAUCCGAAAUUGAGGGCUUUAUAGCCAUUCCCACGACAUCGGGCGAACAACAACAACAACAGCCGCAACAGCAGCAAAAUGAGCAACAAGUGGUCGGCACAAAGGACAUUAAAGCUCCUGAUCAGGCAAGGACAAUUGUGGAUCCUCCGACGCCCUCGGCUGAGUCCUGCAACUCCUUCGAUAUCUUUGAGCCACCUGCCACGCCCCUGGAUUCCAUUAGCCUCAAGAGCAGUGCCAGUAGUUACCUCUACGAUCGUGAUAUUACAGCUAAGAAACAGAAUGGAGCUGCCAUACGCACAAAUAGCCUGGGUUCGGGCACUAGGACGCCACCUUUGGAAAGGAAGAGCAAACUCAGUGCCCUGGGCAGAUUCUUUAAGCCCUGGAAAUGGCGACGGAAAAAGAAGAGCGAGAAGUUCGAGGCGGCCUCCAAAUCCCUGGAGCGUAAGAUUUCUGUGCGUGCCAAUCGUGAUGAGCUAGUGCAAAAGGGGAUUCUAAUGCCUGAGAGUCCCCUGGGCAAUAUUCCAGAACCAGGCGAGGAGUCGUAUUAUAACAACAGCAAUAGUGGAGCCACCGCGAAUGGAUCCCUGCUCAACUCAGCCGUCCACAAUAAUUCCAUGAGCCAGGCCAAUAAUUCCAUAAAUGCCACCACCGGCAAUCCGCUCAUCUCCGCCGCCCAGCAGCAGCUGAACCAGGGACUUCCCAACUCGAUCUCCGUGCAGCAGUUCAACGGUCAGAACCAGAAUCCACAGAAUUCCAUGGCCAAUGGCCUAGUGGGUGGCGGCGGCGGCGGUGGAGACGGUUCCUCGGACACGUCUUCCCUCAGCGGCGGCGUUCCGCACUCGCAGUCGGCGCCCCAGCAACUGGGGGUGGGGCAACCACCACCACCCCUAACACCACUGGCCCAGCACCACCAGGCGCUGGCACAGCAGCUGCAGCAGCGAUUCGCCAUCAGCAACAAUAACGAACCAAGAAAAGACAAGACUGAUGCACAACAACAACAACACGGAGGCAAUGGCACAAUAUCCACGCCCAACAUCGAGCAGCCCACCUGCCAGGGCUCGAUGCUGCCGCCCCCCGGAGGCGGUGGCCAUCACCAGGUGGACGGGAGUGGCAAGAUGGAGCGGCCCAACACGCUCGCCGGCGCCAAUAAGCUGACCCGUCGCGGGGUCAACAUCUGCUAUCACAACGAGCACAUGUAUGGCGAAGAUGGAAAAAUGGUGGGUGGUCCGCCGGGCAGCACUCCGCCCCCGUAUCCGGGUGGCAAACUACCGCCGGGCGUAAUGCUCAGCGAACUGCCGGAGCCGCCGAUUCCGCUGUCGGAGAUCGGACCGAUCCCACCGCCCCCGAUGUUCUCCACUCCGAGUCCCACGCUCAUCGCAGGACGACCGCACGGGCCAGGGGCCGUCAACGAUCAGGAUUAUCAGCAGGACUACGACUACGAUGAUAACGAUCCCGAUCAGGAUGAGCUUGACUCGGACGAUGAGUACGCCCCGUAUGGUGGCAACCAUGUGCGCAUGAUGGACACGCAACGCGUCGAGGAAAUUCCAGCCAAAGAGCCCAAACCAAAUGCAGUUCCUCUCAAGUCGGCGCUGAAGAAGAAGGGCGGUAUGCAGCCCGCUUCCGCCUCCACGCCGGUCACGCCCACCCAGGAACAUGGAGCGGGAAGUGCGGCAACGGCAGCGGCCAUGGCAAACAGCAAUGGCGGUAUUGGCUCGAUGGCGGCAGCUGCCGCAGCUGCGGCCCAACAAUCCGCCAACCAACGACCGCUGGUCGUUCGCCAGGAUGCGGCGGGCAAUAACUAUUCGCUCAACAGGCAGCAAAUGUUCAACAUCCAAUUGCCGUGCACCGUGGAGAACAAGGAGAACGCCCGGCCAUUUGUGAUACGCGAAAGCAGCAGCGAUAGUGACGACAGCGAUGGCCAUAUCGUCUACAGGGACGAGGACAACGACAACACCCGGCUGGCCAAACUGGCCCGCAAGGAGUCGCUGUCCCUGAAGCUGCAGCUCCGACCGGACAAGCAGGACCUGAUCAACCGCAACAUCCUGCACCAGGUCAACGACAACGAGCUCAAGGAGUCCAAGGAGGCGAUCGGAGCACGCCUCAUCCGGCGGCUGUCCAUGCGACCCACGGCCGAGGAGCUGGUCGAGCGCAACAUCUUGAAAACUCAAUCACCCGCCGAGGAGAAGAAGCAGAAGGAGGAGAAGAAGUCGUAUCUGUUGCGCAAACUCAGCUUUCGGCCGACCGUCGAGGAGCUGAAGGAGAAGAAGAUCAUCCGAUUCAACGACUACAUCGAGGUCACGCAGGCCCACGACUACGAUCGGCGGGCGGACAAGCCGUGGACAAGACUGACGCCAAAGGACAAGGCCGCCAUUCGCAAGGAGCUGAACGAGUUCAAGUCCUCCGAAAUGGCCGUCCACGAGGGCAGUCGGCAUUUGACGAGAUUCCAUAGGCCAUGACGAUUGCAAUGGCAGCAACUUUCCAGCAAAUUACAACAGCAACCGAAGCAGCAAUUGUAUUUCAUGCAGCAUAAAAUUGUCAACAAAUGUUUAAAAGCAAAAAAUUAAGCCAGCAAACUAAAAACGAAGGAAACUUUCAACGCAAAAAAAAAGCAAGCAUAGAAAUGCAAAAAUUAAAAAAAAAAAAAAAAAAUAUCACAAAAAAAGAGGAAGGAAACAUGAGAAAGCGAAAAUGAAGAUGGAAGGGCCACAUUCAAGAACAUAAUUGAUAAUUUAAGAUUUCUGUUGAUCAUAGCGAGAGUGCCGCUCGGUUUUCUAAUUUUAAGUUCUUUGUUUCACCUUCUUUAUUUGUUAAUUGUGUGUAAAUAAAUUCCUUUCGAUAUUCAUGCCAAUUUCACAACGCAAAUCAAAAUAUCAAUUCGUCUUUUGUAGAAAUGUUAAGUCGCUUUUUGAGUCAAGGCAAUUAUGUAUUAUAUUAUAUAAAAUUUAACGAUUAAAUAACAAGGAGAAACACUAAAUGAUAUUCGAUUAAAUAUUUACAUUAAAGAAAAAUGGCUGAGAAAAAUUCAUUAAAGCUUAGGCAUUAAUUUACACUUACUGUUGCUUUCCAUAAAUUUUUAAUUUUUGAAUUAAGCCAACUAAACAAUACAAAAUAAAAGAAAUACCACAAAACAAACAAUUCUAAACGAAAAAUUAUGUUUUACAAUUAAAAUACAUAUAUUAUUGUAAAAAGCUUAAACGUAAACAAAAAAACAACACAUUAAACUUAGAACUACCACAUAUGCGAUAAUACGGAAAAAUAAAUUCUAAUUUUUCGAAAGACAUGUUUACGAAAGAUAAUUUUGUUGUUUUAAUUUUUUUCCAGUCUGAGUUUUCCUAAGUUUCAUUUUCGAUUGUCUUCAAACAUGUACAUACAUAUCGCCAAAGAAAAUUUGCAAAUCUAAAACUUAUCGUGGAGAGAUAGGAAGGAAACCCAAAAUGCAGAAAAAAGCAUGCUCAAGCUGAAACAGAAUGGUACGGGUAGUAAAAAAUACCCAAACGUAUAUAAAACUCUAAUAAUAAAUGGCAACAAAAUAUCAGGAAAAAUAAACUGAAGCAAGUUGGACCCAGAACGAAGUUUUUUAGUGAGGAGAACACAAGUAGCAGAAAAAUUUCAAACUUAAGACGUAAGUCACGUAACCUAAAACUUUUUAGAGACAGAGUACAGAGUUCGGAACCAGAUGGAACAACAUCAUGAUGAAUAUUUAUUUUGUAAAAGCAGGGAAAAGCGAAACUGAAACUUUUACUCAAGCAUUCCACAUAGUAAACUUAAUCAAGACGAAAAUAUGGAAAAUUUCCAAAACAAAAACAAAAAAAAAAAAAAACAAAACAAAAAAACAAAGGCAAAAGCAAAAAAUUGUAAAUUUUGAGGCAAAUGCAAAUUGAAAUGCUCGCGCGUGCUCGUGAAUAUCUAAACUUAAAAGACGUAAAGUAAAUGUAAAAGUAAACUAAAGUUAAACUAAAGCGUAACGUAACGUAAUGAACUCCGUUUCAAAGGACACUUAGUAAGAUACAGAUACAGAUGCAGACACAGCAUAUAAAUUAAACAAGCAACUUAUUUCGAAUACACCCGAUUAAGGGAUAAGCCCGUGGACAUUAGUUUAUUGAUAAAGUGGCGCUUCCUUUGCAAGUUUAACACUUCUAAGCCGAACAGCAGGAGACUUGUAAUGUUUUCGGCUUUUGGAUAAUCCACGGAAUCGAAACUAAAGCAGUCCUUCGUUUCAAUCCGAAUCUGAAUCUGAAUCUCUCUCUAUGUCUGCCUCUUGCUUCAAAGCGUUGCAUUGUCAAAGUUAAGCAAUAUAAAUUGCAUAUAUACAUAUAAACAAAUAUAUAUAUAAAACGGAAUAAAUAAAUUAUACAUAUUUAAUGACUAUACAAAGGCCGAAUAUAUAUAUGUAUAUAUUCAUUUAUGUAUACACCUAUUUAUAUGAGAGGAAGCAGCCGAAGCUGAAGCUAUACAAAACUCUAUCAAUAUGGGAUAGCAUAGUUUACACUUUUUCUAUGGAGCGAUUUAUAGUGUACGAUACACAAGAAUUAGAGCAGAAGAGCCAGAGGCGUCGUCGGUUUCGACCCCUUCGAACUCCCCGAGCAAUAUGCAUGCGAUAUACGCGGUAUGCCAUAGUCGAGCUAUCUAGAACCGACUUUCGUAUUACAGCAGGGCCUUUCCUCCUCGAUCCCCACCAGUUUUCGUUCUUCUGCCAUUGGUUCUUCCUACUCCCUAUUUUUCGACACAUCUUUGCCAAGUUCUGCAGUUGCAGAAACAAAAGUAAAUACGAAGAAUAAAACCAAAAGAUCUAUAGCAAUAACUAAGAACACCAUGAGCGAUUAAAGAGAAAGAGUUUUUGGGCCCAGGCCGAAGUAAGAAAAAAAAACCACAGAAAAGUUGUGAAAAUUUGAAAAUGCGAAAAGUAAAGAAGUUAAGUACAGUAGAGGAAUAAGUGUAGCGAGAGUUUUGGCAAAUAAAAUGCAGAGAACACAAACAACAGAAAAAUAAUGAAUAAUAAUCACCGACAAAUUGAGAUUUAAU